GCUCGGUGUAAACUAGGGCUAUGUGUACGUAACAGAAAUUAUAAAUUUUCAGUACUAACAGCAAUUUUGAAACAAUGCCAUAAGCUGCAUAAGCAUAGCAUAAAACCGUUGAAUCAAUCAAUUCCCAACAUAAAAUCGCCAUAUUGAUAUUUGAUAUACAUAAGAUGCUUAUUGGCCUAGAGUUCUUAUACUAUGCAUAUGCAGGUUAUGCCAUUUCGUGUGUGAUCUGUGUGAUGGCUCUAACUCAUAUGAUCCAGUGUAUGAAUGAAAGGUUUGACAUAUUAUCCCACGUUUCUGUUGCCAUUCAAUUAAGAACGAUAACAUUUCUGGAUUGACGACGCAAAACAAGCUGCUUAAAAACGAAAUCGAUAUCCGUAAUUCGGAUGGAAAAUUCGGUCGAAAAUUCUCGAUCGGACGGGCGGAAAUUAUUUCGAGGAACAACGUUUGCGACAAAACGAUGAUCAUCAUGGUGAACGCGAGUAGCGUUGUGGCGCAUCUCGUGAAAUUACUGGUGACUGCGGUAUGCAUGGGACAUCUCGCCGAACCUUACCGGGCGAGGGCUUUACCAAUCACGUGGUCUCUGCGUGCCUUUAUAAUCCUCUUUAUGCAUUCAAUUUUGGGUAUCUUCAGAUUUGGAGUUCCAUUUACUUCGUCAUCAACACGUAUAGCAAGAUACUUCCGAAUUUUUUACGAUUGGUUUUCCAAUGUUAUUGAAAUUGUUCCUUUGGCAUUGCUAACGUCUGGUAUAUUAAGUGCAUAUCAGAUAGAUGAAAAUGUUCGAAUGCUGUUAUUGUUUUUUGGUACAGCCCCAGUAUUCUUUUCACUAGCGAUAACGCAGAGGGAAAGCCAAAUUAGGAAAUUACGUUUCUUAACUGAUAUUGCUGUUGUGCUGCAGAUAUUGGCGAUAACCAUACUCGGCUUAAAAAAUGGCAAUUACAAUGUCAUUAGUUUAGUUGCUUCCUAUACUUUUGAACGUUUCUUUGUGGAAGAAUUUUGUUAUCGGUACAAUAUACCAUAUACUGAUCUGAUGCAGUAUUGCAUAUGUUUUGUGGAAGUUUUUACAGUAUCAACGCUGAAAGAAUUGUAAAAAAUAAUAAGAUUUUAAUCUUAUUACUCUAUUUCGCCUAUUUCAGGCAAAUAAUAUUUAAGGUUGUACUGGCUACUUAAUCUCAGUGACUUAUUAUUGAGAAUGUAACAAUGUUUAGAAUUUUAGCAUGUAUAACUUGGAUUCCAUGAGAUCAUUAUUGGUUUUAACUACAUAAAAUUAAAUAAUAAAAUGUUGAUAGCUAUUGAUAAAGUUUUACAUAUUGUCUACGCAUAUUCAAAUUAUCGAAAUUCAUUGUCAGUAUUAAAGAUUUAUAGUAUACUUAACGUAAACUUUUUUCGAUUUUUAGUAUUGGAAUACUCCUUAUAAAAAUGUAAUACUGAACAGUAUUAAAUUGGUCAGUAAGUAUUAUUUAUUCUGAAUAUUAAAACGACUACCAGCAGUGCUAAUAUUUUAAAUAAGUAUUAAUUACUACCAAUUUGAUACCAUACAUUGCAGUAUUAUAUUUCUCUAAGAGCCAGUGUCAGUUUUACCAUUAAGAAUAUGAACGUGACAUAAUUAGACGCUAAUCGAGAACAUUUUAUUGUUUACCGCAUAUUACUGUAUAUUUCAGAGCUUAUUUAUACUCCUGGCAACUCUUACAAUAAUUUAUUUUUAAAAAAUAUCUUUGUAACAACUUUUUAAAACGAUUUUUUUGUGAUUAAAUUUGAUAUGUCGCAGUUUAUCUUGAAUUUCUAAGAAAUUAAGUAUCUAAUAAGUAUUAAUUAUUGUAAUAAAAAUUACAAUAUUAAAAAAAAUUUAACCUUUUGUUUGCAAUCUUUUCUUUGAGUCAUUUUACUGUUUUUUUUUCAACAAACUUUUUAAAAAAAAGUUUUUAAAAAAUUUAGUUUUCAUAAAAAUUUAGAGUUACUUUCAACAUCUUUAUUAUUAAAUAGUUUUUUUAACUUAAAUGUUAAAAUUUUAUCUAAUAAUAAAUCUCUUUAUUUCGGAAAAAUUUUUAUGGAAAAGUAAAAUUUCACUUUUGCAAAAAAGGAUUGCAGACAGAAGAUUGAAUAGUUUUAAAAGUAGACAGAUAUUUAUAUUUAGAUGCUUAAAAUCUAUCUGCUAAGGCUGCAUUCCAAUAGCGCUUGUAUGUAUCAUUCUUGUUUGAUGAACAAUAGUAUGAAAUAAGCUCACAGUACUGUGAGUAUCAAAGAAAACGCUCAAGUUUUUAUUAAGUUACUAUGUUUAUAUAAGCCAAUACAAUCUCAAAGUUCAACAAAGUUUGAUUAUACUUUAUAUAAAAGAUGUCAAUUGUGAAAAUAGUAUAAAAAAUCCGUGCCACAAUAUCAGUCUUGUAACAAUUGUUCGAUAAUAGAUAGUCGUAUUAUAUGUACAUAACGAAAGCGAUUUUGCUAUCAAUUUAUAAAUUAACUUAUAAGUCAAAAUAGUGUGCUAAAUUUAUAUACCUUUCAUAUUUUAUAUGUAUCAGAAAGUACUGCAAAUUUUCACAGCAAGAUAUAAAUUAUAUUCUACAAUAUAUAAGUAUCUAAUGUAGAAAAA